CGGACCAGAGCAGAGCCGGAGUGUUUACUCUGCCUGAGCAGAGAGCGAACUGUCAGCUGGAACUGUUUCCUGCGGCCGUAAUGCUGCGCACCGAAGAACCAGUUCUUUAAAUAUGUCGGGCAGCUGACAGAGGAGCAGCCAGACCCAUGUCCAAGAUUUGGGUGUGAACAACUUGGGACACAAUGUCUCUCUUGCUGAUAUCCUUCCUUCUAAUCCUGCUGCUUGGCGUUGUGUUGUUAUGUGUCAUUUUCAGGUGGCUCGUUUGCACCCUGGCUGUGCGAUUCUUCCAGACUGUCCUGAAUGCUGAUCUAAAGAUCAAAUCAGUAGGGCUGUUUUCUGUCCAUGGAGUCAGUAUCCAGUUUCACCCCCAGCAUACUCUGGAAAUUGACAGAAUAUGGAUUUCAAGUAAACUUCUAAACCAGGAUUUACCGAGAUACAUGGCAUUAUGUGUUGGCGAAACCAGAGUUAGGUUUGACUUGCAAGCACCACUGAAACCUUUGUUGAAGAAGAGCCAUGGAAAGAAGUCAGGGAAGAUUUCAGUCAGCCCCACAACGCUGCGCUUUCUGUCACAACUGCUGUCGUUCCACGUUAGCUCGAUCAAUGUGAUGGUAGUGAACCUAGCACUGUCGGAGUCUCUAUGGCACAUGACCAUCACAGGCAUCACCUUGUUACUUGACCACCAGAGUAAAAGGUUGGCGUGGGACUUCUCAGUCGGACAGCUAAGCAGUAAAGUGCUUAAAAGCAGUCAACUGGACAUAUGUUUGGCUGAAGUGGCCCUCAGCCUGUUGCUAUCUGGAGAUGUGAGCCUACCUGACAUGAAGCCGGGUUGCCUGUCCCUGAGUGUGAGAACACUUAUCGCAGAGCUGCAUGAAGGACUGUUCCUCAGCCAACUCAUGCUGCCCCCGUCUCCCUCAAAGAGUGUUUGUGAUACGUCUGAGUGUGAAAGCACAGAGUUCAUCCAGACUGAGGCUGUGGAAAGGUUUCAUCAGCUGAUUCCCCACAAGGUCAAUGUGGAAUUUGAUAAUACAAAUGUAACCCUGUCCAUGCACAGCCAGAAAAGACACCUGAACUGGACUCUGAAGUCUUUAAAGGUCUCCUAUGGACGUGACAAUGAGCAACUUCCUCUUAAAAGCUUCACUCCUGAGCUGAGCUUUCCCCAGAGCAGCCUGGAGCUCCUUCUAGAGGAUGGACUUCUCCUCUCUCAAAGUAGGCAAAGAAUCCUUUGUGUGAACACUCUGAAGGCAGCCCUGCACGUCACAUCAAUUGACAUCUCAGGGUCAUUCACAGUAAACACUUGCAUCAUACACUACCGUCACCAGGAGUUCUCCCACUGGCUAAAUCUAUUUCCAUGGGAACAGCUAAUUCACAGGAAAGCAGCACAUAAAAAAAGGCGCCUCCCUCACCUGGAUGCUCCGGUGAUGAUCACUUCCUCUGUCUCCAAUGUUAAUGUGUCUGUUCAGCUGGGAGACACGACGCCUUUUGCUCUCGGCUUCCUGUCUGCCAGUGCAGAGCUGCAGCAUCUUCUUGACAUUAAGGUUGACAAAGAAAGCCCUGAGUCCCAGAAUGUGCAUCAGCGUGCCUCACUGUCCCUGGACAACUUCUGGUGGAGAGUGGGUCAGGGGUCUCAUAUCCAGCAAGCACCCCACCCUCCUGGUAAACAUGUGUGGGGAGAAGCACUCAUUUUAGACUCGCUCAGUCUUCAGGGGAGUUUUAACAGACCCCUUUUGGAGUCGAGUAGCCAGUCUCCGAGUCUGAGCGUGGAGUCUAGUCUGAAAGGGCUUCAAGUGGAGCUUUCAGAGACCUGUGCGCUGUGCCUGUCUCGCCUGCUGUCCCUCAUUUGUGUUCCUGGUGAUACUGGGCCACAGCUGUCGGAUGUGGCUGUAGUGUCUCCCCCAAUUGUUGAAACUGUCCACCCCUCCUCACAUCUGCACCUGCUGUUUAAGCUGGACUGCCGCCUUGAGGACGUGAAUGUGUUCACACUCUCUAAUCUGGCAGGAGCUGUGUCUUUGCGGAUGGACACUGUAGGAGUCCUGAGCUCUGCAGAGAGCUCAGGACUCCACAGUGUCUCCACAGUGUCUCUACAGGGUGUGAGCUUGUCUGUGGUCAAGACGCUCACAGAGAACAUGGAAAUGUGUUGCCCUGCCUCCCAAACCCCUAACCCUGUGCUCAAACUCACCGCAAUAGCCUUCUCUUACCACCUCACCACCCAUACCUUACAGGUUCAAAGUGAAGAGGAGGUCACUGUCGAAUGGACUCCACCAGACCACAUGGUCUUAUAUCAGCACAUGACAGAAGCUCAGGCUUGUUGGCGUAUGCUCUGUGGAGAGAAAGGAGAGGAAUGUCCAGUCGAACCUACAGAGAGUGAAGUUGCGUCAGGUCAGAGUAGAAGACUGUGUGUGCGCGUGGAACUGGCCUGUACGCGUUUAACAGCCCAUGUUAGUGAGCAGAACUAUAUUCUCCUGCACUCAGUGUCCCUCUCAGUCUCCAAGCAUGCUGGCUCCAUGCACAUAAUCUCCCCUUCACUGAUCUUCAACUUUGACGGCAACAACAUCGUCUCCUUUAAAGGUCUGGAUGUUGAGACACACACGGAGCUGACUGAGAUGCAGCUGCACAGAGACACUUUCCCCUUCCUCAUCACUCCUCACAAUCGUGUCUGGGUUCUCACGUGUCCUUCCCUGGCUGUCGAGUUCCCCUACCAGUACAAUUUCUCAAACACCUUUGACAAGGCCAUUAGCGUGCAGAAGUGGUUGAAGACUCUCCAUCGCUCCCCGAGCCAGGCCUCUGAUGUCCAACACCUCCCUCCUGACCUGGUGUUCAAAAUCAGUCAGUUCUCGUUUGUCUUCCUGGACGAUGUUUUUGAAAUCAAGCUAAGAGACAACUAUGAGCUGAUGAAGGACGAGAGUAAGGAAAGUGCAAAGCGUCUGCAGCUUCUGGAUAAGAAGGUGGCCGAUCUGCGCAAGCAGCAUGGAGAACUUCUGCCUGCCAGAAAAAUAGAAGAGCUGUAUAGUUCACUGGAGAAAAAGCACAUAGAGAUCUACAUCCAGCGCUCACGCCGCCUCUACGCAAACACACCCAUGAGGAAGUCUCUGCUGACGUGGACUGUGUCAGACUUGGAGCUAGUAGCCCUGGCUGAUCAGUCCCUUCAUGGGCCUGAGAGGGUGAGAGAGCAGCUGAGGGACAUUGACAGGAUCAGUCCCUUCCCCAGAGAAGGACUCCCUCUGGUGGUCCAGUGGUGCCGUGCAGUCAAGUUUAAACUGGCUGCAUUUUUAGUGAGAAUUCGGGACUACCCUCGCUACCUGUUUGAGAUCCGGGACUGGGAGCUGUCGGGUCGUCUCAUUGGGACAGAGCAGGAUGGACAGGCAAAAGCUCAUCGCAAGGAGAUCGUCCCACUUGGUCCACCAUGGGGAGAUGUGACGGUCCACAGGAAUAUGCCACCACUCAAGUUCUACUAUGAUUUCAAAUCUAACAUCUCUCUCUACACGAUCGUGUGGGGCCCAUGUUGGGACCCUGCCUGGACUUUGAUCGGACAGUCAGUUGACCUGCUGACCAAACCCACAGUUGAUCCCUCACCUCCCCUCGCAUGGUGGGACAAAAGUCGUCUCCUGCUGCACGGACAUUGGGUUAUGGACAUUGAACAGGCCAAUCUUCAUCAGCUAGCCACAGAGGACCCUUAUAACACUACAGAAAAUCUACACUGGGAAUGGAAUAAGCUGAACUUCGACUGGAACCCUGGACAGUUUGUUUUUAAAGGAGACUUGGAUGUAAAUGUCAGGACAGCAUCAAAGUAUGAUGACAUCUGUUUUCUGCGUCUACCCAAUGUGUGUAUGACCCUUGACCUCCAGUGGCUAUGCCAUGGUAACCCCCAUGACCACCACGCUGUAAUGCUCUGCUGUGCGGAGAACAUUGCAGACGUGACCUCAGGACAACCUCAUGACUCCUACAGAGCCUUUCGCUCUGAGAACCUCAACCUCUCCAUCACCAUGGACCUUAACCAGCACUGUGGCACAGAACCGUGUCAGCCCAGAAUCCUGCUGUACAGCAGCACUCUGCGCUGGAUGCAAAACUUCUGGGCCACCUGGACGAGUGUAUCUCGACCAAUCUGCCGAGGCAAGCUCUUCCACAGCCUCAGGCCGAUCCGCAAGAAGCUGGGUCAGCACUACAAACAGAUGUCCUACACAGCUGCCUUCCCACAACUACAAGUGCAUUACUGGGCCUCCUUCGCUCAGCAGAGAGGGAUCCAAGUGGAGUGCAACAAAGGCCAUGUCUUCACUCGAGGGGCACAGAGGCUUAUUCCUCAGGCUGGCACUGUGAUGAGGAGGCUGAUCUCUGAAUGGAAUGUGACUCAGAUGGUUAGCGAGCUCUCACAGGUGACAGUUCACCUGAUGGCGUCCACCUGGGAUGAGACAGCUGACCACCAGAUCAAUGCUCAGGUGAAGAAGACUCACCUGCUCAGCCUGUCUUCCCUGAGCUACCAGCGACAGAGCAACCGCAUGGAGGAGGAGGUGAGCCAGAAGGAUGAGACGAAUGCCUCUUACACUCACAAACUGCGUCUGGUGGACCUGCGUGCUUCCUGGACCACUACUAAUAGGAACAUAGCCUUUGGGCUUUACGACGGUUACAAAAAGGCAUCUGUGCUGAAAAGAAAUCUCUCCACUGAAGCUUUGAAGGGUCUGAGGAUCGACACACAGCUGCAGACCAAGAAGCUCAAGCGCUCUCCUUCCAACUACUCUCCGACCACAGCUCCUACCACACCUGUUGUGCCCACCAUCAAUCGAGCAGAAAAAAGUCAAAAUGAAGGAACAUCAAUGCUCCAGAAACUGAUUGAGGAAACAGACAAGUUUGUGGUGUUUUCAGAAGAGGACUCAGGUGUCAGCGACCAGCUGUGUGGCAUCGCAGCCUGCCAGACAGACGAUGUCUUUAACCGCAACUGGUUUAUCGAGUUAGUCAACUGUCAGAUGAUGUUGCGAGGCACAGAGACAGCAGGGUGUGUGUUGGUGUCUGCAGCAAAGGCUCAGCUGCUGCAGUGUGAGCACCACCCUUCCUGGUACAAUGACACCCUGAAGCAGAAGACCACCUGGACCUGUCUGCUGGAUGGCAUGCAGUACUUUGCCACCAUGGAGCCUAAUCCAUCUGAGCAUGAGGACAGGCAGUUGUGGCUGGAGGUGAAAAACAUAGAGGAACACCGGCAGCGUAACCUGGACUCUGUGCUUGAGCUAAUGGAGAGCGGCCAGGCUGUGGGAGGAAUGGUUAGCACCACUACAGACUGGAACCAGCCAGCUCAAGUGAACGAAGCUCAGCAGGUCCAGCGCAUCAUCUCACGUUGCAGCUGCCGGAUGCACUACAUCAGUUACAGUCAUGACAUCAACCCAGAGCUGGCCACACAGAUCAAACCACCAGAGCUGAGAAAUAACCACGAGAAAGAGGACCUGCUGAAAAAACAGGCUGGGGCUGUGGACACCUUCACCCUCAUUCACCAUGACCUUGAGAUAUCGACUAACCCUGUUCAGUACGCUAUGAUCCUGGACAUUGUCAACAACCUGUUGUUGCACGUGGAGCCCAGGCGCAAGGAGCACAGUGAGAAAAAGCAGCGAGUGCGUUUCCAGCUGGAAAUUUCCAGUAACCCAGAGGAGCAGCGCAGCAGCAUCUUACAUCUCCAGGAGGCUGUCAGACAGCACCUUGCUCAGAUUAGACGCCUUGAGAAGCAGAUUUACUCAAACAUCAGGGCACAGUCCGAGGAUCUAAGCAGUGAUGAACUGUUGGAGAUCAACACGAGACUGCAGAACCAGCUAAAUCAGGAGAAGAAUGACAUGCAGAUGAAGAGCGAAGAGCUCAACAUUCUCAUCAGGUGUUUUAAGGACUUCCAGCUGCAGCGCGCAAACAAGCUGGAGCUGCGUAAGCCUCCAGAGGAUGUGAGCGUGGUGAGGAGAACAGAGAUCUACUUUGCCCAGGCCCGCUGGUGUUUGACUGAAGAGGAUGGCCAGCUUGGUAUCGCUGAGCUGGAGCUGCAGAGAUUCAUGUACAGCAAGCUGAACAAGUCUGAUGACACAGCAGAGCAUCUUUUGGAGCUAGGGUGGUUCACAAUGAACAACCUGCUGCCCAAUGCAGCAUACAAGGUCGUCCUUCGUCCUCAGAGUAACUGUCAGUCAGGACGGCAGUUUGCUUUGCGUAUCUUCAGUAAAGUGCGCCCCCCUGUGGGAGGAAUCUCUGUGAAGGAACAUUUUGAGGUGAAUGUGGUGCCUCUCACCAUCCAGCUGAUGUACCAGUUCUUCAAAAGAAUGAUGGGAUUUUUCUUCCCAGGAAGAAAUGUUGAGGAGGAGGAGGUCACCGAUGAGGAGGACAAGUUCAGAUUGGUUACUACUGGUAUCCCUGUCAAGACUCGGCAGUCAUCAGAGGACACCAUGGGUGCCAUGGGCCCCAGCAAAGGUGUCGCCCAGGGGCUGAACCGCACUGCGGGGGUCAGGAGGUCAUUCAGGAAACCUCCAGAGCACCCUGUGGAUGACAUUGAUAAAAUGAAGGAGCGAGCUGCCAUGAACAACUCCUUCAUCUACAUCAAGAUUCCCCAGGUGCCCCUGUGUGUCAGCUAUAAGGGAGAAAAGAGCAGUGUGGACUGGAAGGACCUGAACCUGGUUCUGCCUUGUUUGGAGUACCAUAACAAUACCUGGACUUGGCUCGACUUUGCCAUGGCUGUGAAAAGGGACAGUCGGAAAGCACUUGUAGCACAGAUGAUAAAAGAGAAGCUGCGUCUGAAGCCGGCCUCUGGCUCAGACCUGCGGGGGAAGGCGUCUGAAGGGAAGUCGGACAACAGCCUGCAGCAGCAGGAGGAAGAUGAGAAGGCGCGACUCCUCAUCGGCCUCAGCACCGCAGACAAGAGCUCGAGCAAGAAGAGCAUCUUCAGUCGACGCAAGUGAAACAAACAACACUCGCACAUUUCAGACCGAGCCUGAGUUUAACUGGAUGAUCCAGUUUACUCAGGCUGAAACACUCCCUCAGCACAGGCAUCAGGGAAAACAGCAGACUGUUAGGGGUCAGAAUAACAGUCUGGCAAUGUGAACCACAGUGAAAAGGGAGAUGAUAGAGCAUCUCAGAAAGUUUUGGGUUGAUAGUUUACUAUAUCAUAUGGUCCUGCUGAACUCAAAGAAAUAUUCUGGGCUCUCCGAUUUCAGUUUAUGCCCAAAAUCCCUGCAGGGAACUCAAACAGCUCCAGGAUUACCAGGGUGCCAUUUUGACCAAAUAUAUAUUAUCUUCUUUAUUUGUGUGCCAUUAAAAUGUCCCUCUGCAUUUCAUACACUCUGCAACCAUGAAAAUAAUGACCACUUUGCAUUGAAUGUAGCGAGGAAGAUUUGCAGUGUGUAGCUAGCACGUCACUGUUUCUGCUUCCUCUGCUUCUGUAGAUGCGAGACUGAGAGCAACUCUGCUGGCUCAGGAACACACUGUAUGUCAGAAGCUAAGUCUGUCAGAAUAAAUAGGACUCAAUUAAAUGCACCUUCAACGCUGUCAGCUGUAAAUAUUAGAUUCUGAAACGCCAUAGAUAAAUCAGUAUGUUUUAUUAAUUAAAGCUUAUAGAAGUUGUUCAUGGCUGUAUGACUGUCUCUGACAGGAAGGCCCUUUUUUCCCCACGGAAGAUGCUAUUUUAUUUCCUACUUGUAAAUGAGCAUCUGCAUCCCUCAGCUAGCUGUUUUACUGUACCUCACCUCAGUGCAAUAUAUCGUGAACGGAGCAGCAAAAACAUUUUAAUGUGUUGUGUAAUGUGGCACCCGGUUUGAUGGUAUUGUGGCAAAAAGAAAUGUGUUGCAGCUAAUCGCUGAGUGUAUGUUUUGUAAUUUUAACACUAAAGCACUUUUUAUGCAAAGUAUUUUGAUAUUUUUGUAAUCACGUGUUUCCUGUCAGAUUACUUGUAUGACUGCGCUUCUAAAGCUUCUCAUUUCAGUCACAUUUCUGUCGAAGAGAAGAAAACAAAAUACUCAAGACAUUUCAUUUAAAAGGAACAUAUCAUAAAAACAAAUCUGUUCACAUUUCUAUCAGCUCUGUGGCUUAUUGUUUAUAUGUCAAUAAAAAAUAUUAUAGUC